UAUUUCAAGCUCGCCGCCCAUACAGAGAUACCUCUUGCCGCAACCUCUGCGCCUUGAGAAUCUCAACACAACCGCCAACAUGGUCAAGACAUCCGUCCUCAAUGAUGCCCUGAAUGCCAUCAACAACGCCGAGAAGCGCGGCAAACGCCAGUGCAUGAUUAGGCCCAGCUCGAAGGUGAUCGUCAAGUUCCUGCAGGUUAUGCAGAGGCACGGCUACAUUGGCGAGUUCGAAGAAGUUGACGAUCACCGCAACGGAAAGAUCGUCGUCCAGCUGAACGGCCGUGUCAACAAGACAGGCGUCAUCUCGCCGCGCUACAACGUCCAGUUACGGGAUCUCGAGAAAUGGGUUGUCAAGCUCCUGCCUUCACGUCAGUUCGGCUACAUCGUCCUCACCACCUCUGCUGGCAUCAUGGACCACGAGGAGGCUAGGCGGAAGCACGCAGCCGGGAAGAUCAUCGGCUUCUUCUAUUAGUGCUUCUCAUCGCAAUUGCCCUACGCCGGAAGAUAAGAUGGCAGCGUGGCACGCCGCGGCGUGUUGUUGCACGCGCAUGGAUCAACAUAGCGUGGCGCUCAGGUGUAAGCAGGGCCGACCAUACGGCCAUGACAUGACUUGUUAGACGGCACUAGCACCAGUUCGUUCCACCUUGCAACAUCGUCUCAAGCCGUUGCGCCCUGACUAGCUUGCCCGCAUAUAGUUGUUAUGUGACCGCGGAUGCCUCUGCUCUGACCUGAGAAGUACGUCAGGCGAAUGCUAUAGCUGUGGUGUAGCGAUGUACGUCGAACAACGUUACUAAGUGUUCAGCACUCAAAAUGGUUGCUUGCGAUUUGUCGGCAGAGUAUUCCGGCGCUUCUCUGGUCAGUCGACGAAGUCAUUGACUAUGUUCCAUUGCUAUCUAAUUCUGGCGCUAAGCAGGCU